AUGUCGGAGAUGGAGGUAUGGCAAAUCAAGAUUUGCCUUGCCAUGACCGGUGAAGUCGUGGCGGACGUCGAAGCAAGACCCACAGACACAGUGCUUGAUCUGCGAGCGCGCUUGGCGGAACGAACGUCUGACAGGCGCCCAGUGUCGCUCUUGUUUCAGGGCACUCGCCUGGUGGGACGAACCUCGUUACGCGACGCGGGCUUGGCCACGGGAGCAGUUCUGGACCUGCUGCGUGGCGGCUUGCCGGGCUGGACGCGGCUCUGCCACGGGGACCAAAACGCCCAGGAGACCACGGGCCGGCCGCUGGUGUGGGACGUCUCGCCGGAGGAGGUGCCGGGCCUGGCCGAAAAAGCCCAGCGGGUGCGGAUCCAGCAGCGGGGCCGUCCGGAGCUGGCGGUGGAGAGCCUGGCCGGGAGCUACCCCGUGCAAGAUCUCCGGAAGGGCCGUCCCAUCGGCUUCGGCACCGGCCGCGACAGGAAGGAGAUCUCCGGCACCUGGGUCGCCGAAAAGGAGGGCCUGGUGCCGGAGCGCCUGUGGCACACUGGCUUUCAUUGGCAUCGCCCGGAUCAUGACAAGCUGGAAGUCAAGGUCUACCAUUGCUGUGACAACGGGUCAGGCAUCCAUUGGGACUCCGAAUGCUGUGGCUGGAACUGCGGUUCGAGCGAGGACCUGGAGCUUUUCAUUGACGUGGAGUUGCACGAAUCUGGUUCAGGGUUGCCUCAAUGA